UCUCACCGCAGCAAAAAAUGGGGCUUCUGAUCUUCUGCAUUGUUUUGGUUUCUUUCUUCUUCACCUCUCCCUUUGCUCAUUCUCGAAGCUUAGCGCCGAUAUCAAUAACGACUGUGCUGGACGUCUCUGCAGCUCUACAGAGGGCUAAAGAGGUCGUCUCUUCCGAUCCCAAAAUGGUGCCGGAAUUUAGCCAAGAGGAGCAGAGCGUUUCGCAUUCUGCUUCAUCUGCAUCUCCACUUUCGCUGCAGCUUCAUUCUAGAAUCUCUGUUCAGAACACCCAACACAGUGACUAUAAAUCACUGGUCUUGUCCCGACUCCGGCGCGACUCAGCCCGAGUCGAAUCCCUCGCGACUCGGCUAGAUCUGGCUGUUAACGGUAUUACUAAAUCGGAGCUUAAGCCCCUUGAUAACGGCUCAGAGUUUAAAGCAAAUGAUCUGGAAACUCCAGUUGUCUCUGGUUCGAGUCAAGGAAGCGGGGAGUAUUUUUCCCGAGUCGCAAUCGGAAAACCGCCGAGUCAAGUGUACAUGGUCAUCGACACCGGCAGUGACGUUAACUGGGUGCAAUGCGCACCCUGCGCAGAUUGCUACCGGCAAGCAGACCCAAUUUUCGAGCCGGCUUCCUCUGCUUCCUACUCGCCUCUCACGUGCGAGGCUCGGCAAUGCAAAUCACUGGACGUAUCGGAAUGCCGCAACAACACUUGUCUCUACGAGGUUUCCUACGGGGACGGGUCUUACACCGUCGGCGAUUUCGUCACCGAGACAAUCACUCUUGGCUCGACGUCGGUGGAUAACAUAGCCAUCGGCUGCGGUCAUAACAACGAAGGCUUGUUCACCGGCGCCGCUGGCCUGCUUGGUCUCGGCGGCGGCUCACUUUCCUUCCCUUCGCAGCUUAACGCCAGUACCUUUUCUUAUUGCCUCGUGGACCGUGAUACUGACUCGGCCUCGACUCUCGAGUUCAACUCACCUCUCCCUGCUAACGCCGUUACAGCUCCGUUACUCCGCAACGCCCAGCUAGACACCUUUUUAUACGUCGGUUUAACGGGAAUCAGCGUAGGCGGCAAUCUGCUUCCGAUUCCGGAGUCUACAUUCCAAAUCGACGAUUCAGGGAGCGGAGGGAUCAUCGUGGACUCAGGGACCGCCGUGACUCGACUGCAAACCGACGCCUACAACUUGCUCCGCGACGCUUUUGUUCAGGGGACAAAGGGUCUGCGGUCGAGAGACAGCGUGGCGUUGUUCGACACGUGUUAUGAUCUGUCAUCGAGGACGAGCGUGGAGAUCCCGACAGUGUCGUUUCACUUCCCCAAGGGGAAAAUAUUGCCGUUACCGGCGAAGAAUUACCUGAUCCCGGUGGACUCCGACGGAACGUUCUGUUUCGCGUUUGCCCCAAUGUCAACGUCGUUGUCAAUCAUUGGGAACGUACAACAGCAGGGGACACGUGUCGGUUUCGACCGCAGGAACAAUCUCAUCGGAUUUGUGCCCGAGAAAUGCUAGCCGGAAACUACGUCAAUUUUCUAAUUGUUUUUCACUUUUUACCCUGGUAAAGAGAAAGGUGGAAAGGUUUGCAUAAAACGUUGCAGUUUAGAGUGAUGGUGUGGGAAGGACCAUCGUAGUGGUGGUAUUCUACUUUGCAAUGGCAUUAUCAAAUCUGUUAAGGUUUAUUUUAUUUUAAUUUUUUUAAUAUCAAAUUUGUAAGUUGUAUAGGAUUAGUAAAUUAAUAAAAUGCAAGUAUUUGG